AUGUCUGGGUUGCCAAUCGGCUCUUCCGCCGUGCCAACCAAGGUCCUCUUGGACGCAUCCAAAUCGACCACAUCUUCUAAACAGGCGUCUAGAGAAAGGGCCCUUGAAAUCAAACGACUACAGGAGGAAGCCUUGCGAGGUCUCCCUGUCGAUUCCCUCUAUGUCGUCCUUUACCUCCGGUCCGACCCGCCCGCGCCAAACGACUUCCAUUGGGGCUAUUAUUUCCACACACAUCCCGACGGAGGAAUCAAAUACCACCUCAAGAGCCUAGGCAGUGGCUGGAUCACCGAGCAUGGCCCAACCGGCGGAGUUUUCAAGUCGAACUUCCUUUGCGUCCUCGUUCAUAUCGCCACUGUCCCGCAAGAAAAGCACCUCCAAGUGGAUCAGAUCAUGAAAUCACUCGACGGCAGGUGUAACUCGAUUCCAGGAAUCACCUGUCGCGUGUGGAUUAUGAAUAUCCUGCAGAAACUGAUUGAAAAUGGGAUUGUUCAGUGCCCCAGUAUCGCCGAAUUCCAACAGGAAUGCUUCACAAUUGGGAAUCAAAACAGCAAGAAUGCUUCAGCGAAUAACCAACCUCGUCCUGUCAUCAUUUCCAGAGUGUGCAUCAUUUGA